AUGAUGACGUCGAAAGAUCCUGUGCCACAGGCGGGAUGGCUCAUGUUCGACCAUCCCUGCACUUUACAAGAGGCUCGAUGCCUUCAACAAGACGGCGUCCUUCCGACAGUCACGAUGGUCCUGUCACCGCCGCCACAGACCGCGCCCCAAACAUUUGACCCUUUGACUCCCGCAAGAACUUUUUUUCAGCAAGACUUUGAGGGAUUAAAGUUGGCUUACAAAGCUUCAUUGAAGGAGGUUUACAUAGAACCUGAAGAUGAUUUAGAGAAGGCAGCAACAAAGUGCUUUAAUGCUAUCCGUGCAGCGGCGGCGGGCGCGCAGGGGCCGGGCCAGGGGCUACAUGUGGUCGGAGCUCCGGGGGUCUACCGUGUAGUGCUCAUAGGCCCUCGGGGCUCCGGGAAAAGGACUCAAGGGAUUACCACCGCUAAGCACUUUAAUCUUAUAUAUUUACAUUUUGAAGAUCUAUUUAAAGAAGCAGAAGUAAGACACGACGAGUUAGGUGAAAAGAUACGAAAAUUCGGUUCAAGCGUGCGUUUAAGGGCGGAAAUCAUAAAACGUCGUUUAGCUCAAAAGGAUUGUAUUGAUCACGGUUGGAUCCUCAUUGGAUAUCCCGCGACCGGAGUAGACUUCGAAUACUUGGACCGAAUGCCGACUCCGCCUAAUCGG